AUGAUAACCUUGAUGGGGAGUAAAGAUAUUUUCAAACCUUCGACAUUUCCUAAAAAGAAGCGGAAACACGAACAGAAUGAAGUAGUCGCCACUCCACGAAGUGUGAAGUACAAACCGUCAAUUGAAUCAUUUAAUUUAUUGACAAGACCAAGAAAUGAAGGAAGAGGAAAAGGUGAUUAUCAUAGUGAGACCGAUACAUCAUUUGAAGCAUCUCCAAAUGCCAAAGAGUCUGACAGCAAACUAAAUGAUUCAUUUAUAUCCCAAAGUUCUCGAACGAGAGACAUGAAACUGGCUGAAGAAGAAGCAGAGCUGCCAUCAGCUGUACCUCCCAGCUUGAGUACGCCAUUUAUGUCGAGAUCAAAUCAGCUGCCAACACUACCACAUAUAAAUAUAGGUCAAAACCUAACUCUCCCCUCAAGACACGUUAAUGAAUCAUUACAAAUCCACUCAGUACAACCCUACCGAGAAGUUAUGGGGCCACAAGCUUUGCUGCAACAUUUGCCUGAACCACGCUUUGCGCCUUUGCAGCCACUACAUGAUCAGAAUACCGCCCCUCUUCCGAACUAUCCACACCGGCAACAAGAGUCACAAUAUUACCACCCAACUACGCAACAACAACAACGGCAGCAACAGGGUCACCAUCCAUUCCAAUUAGUACACCAGCCACAAACUGGAUCAUACACCCCGUCCCUUAUGCAACAACAACAACAGGCGCCUGCCAUGUACCCUUAUAAUGAUGACUAUUUUCCGUCUUAUCAACAGCCGCCGCAAAUAAUACAGCAACAAUCGCAAUUUGUUCCCAUGCAUGUGGCCAACUAUUACCAACAGCCAAUCCCAUCUCAGUCUCUGGCGCCUCAUCCACAUCCAAUAUACUAUAACGUAGUACCGUACUCAGUAGCUGCCGAUCCAUACUUUGGUCUACAUGGUGGUAUACCGCGCAAAUCGCGACAAUCAUCUACAUGGUCAGCUGAAGAAGAUAAGUUAUUACGCGAACUAAAAGAAGUGCAAAAGCUAGGAUGGAGAGAAAUAUCAACUUUUUUCCAUGAACGUACACCCAAUGCUUGUCAAUUCAGAUGGCGCAGAAUUAUUAGUAAUCUUGACAGUAGUUCAAAAGGAGGAACCAAUGCUGAAGCGUCUGAUAAGGAAAAGGAUCUGAAUGUUUCUUCAUCUGCUGAAGUGGCCUCGCAAAUACAUCAAGGUCGUAAAGAGAAUCUUAUACAAGGAAGAACUACGUUUGAUAAGGCCACGUCAAGUAAAAAGGAACAAAGCCAUAUAAACAAAAUAGACUUUUUACUAAAUUAA